GUACUUUCGCUGUCGACUGUUGAGAGAGCAAGGAUUGAACGUAUCUGAAUCCAUAGAGAUCAAACACCCGAUUUCAAGCUGAAGACCCAAACUCACACACGCAUCAUGAAGGCUAUCAGUCCAGUGCGGUCGGUCAGAAGCUGUUACGAAGCCGUGUGCUGUAUCUCGGAGCAAAGCCUCGUCAUCGCCCGGAAUAAGCCAUCUCUGGAAGAACCCGUGGGUGCGCUGUGCGACAUGAACGACUGUUACUCUAAACUGAAAGAGCUGGUUCCCAGCAUACCGCAGAACAAGUCCGUCAGCCAAGUGGAGAUUCUGCAGCACGUUAUCGAUUACAUUUUUGACCUGCAGAUUGCGCUUGAGGACGAAACGACAGCCACACCUGAAAUGGUCCUGUCACUAAAGGCGGCAGACCUUGCAUGCAAUUUCUCCAAAGACGAUGGUCGGUUGUGUCACUAAAGGAAUCAGAGGAAGCAGAACUUCCACACAUGGUGCAGGGAAACACAUGUCUCCACUUCACUCCAGGCAAGAGGACAAGAGGGGCAGAAAGGGUGGGAUAGGUAUUUGGAGUGGAGAGAGGGGGGAUAAAGAGAGAGAGAAAAGAAAGCGGACUGUUUUCUCGACGCAAGAUCAACCUCCUGUUCUCUCUGUACAAUAUCAGUUGGUGGCAACCAGACGUGUCCACAACACCAAAGCUGAAAAGGAACUGAAGAGACAUUCUGCUACAGCACCACUCUCUCUUUCUCAAUCUGCAUUCAUCCCCCUUUAUCCUUCAAUCCCCAUGAGUGUAUUUGAAUUUCAAUCAUUGUAGUUUUUUUUUUCUCCACCUUUCUUGUUACAUUCCAUACCCAAAGUCUCUGGACUAAAAUGAUUUUGUUACACCUCAACCCCUUUCUUUCUUUCCUGAACAGUCUUACACCAUGUCACUUAAUUCUCCCCGUGUUUCCUUUGUUUUACCCAAGAUGUGGAGAAUGUUAGAAGUGAUCAUGGACAUUGUGUGUGAGGUGUGAGGUUGUUGGGUUCGAAUGUGGAAUUGGUGGGGUGGGUCAAGAGGGAUGGGGGCUUGGGUCUUAAUCAGAACUCUAUAAUAGAGUUGAUUGUAAAGUGUUUGUAGGGAUUAUGCAUUUCUACAGACAAUGUUGAGUUUUAUAAACUUUUUAUAAAAGUAUGUUUUUUCUGUAUGUUCUUGCGUAAUAAAAUGAAGAAAUGUUCAAAUGUC